UUUUACAAAAUUUAUUCCAUAAUAUUCAUUCUCUGAUAUUUAAAUUCCUGCAUCGAUUAGAAAAUUCUCGAUGCAAAAAUCGAUAUUCUGUACUCAUCGAUGUUAAUUCGACACUCCUAAUUUUGGAAGGUAAACAAAAAAAAUCGCAGAUAGCAAGUGGGCUGGAACGUUUGAUAAUUUGAUUUUAAGUAACUAAAAAUAUGCAUAGUACUUGUUGAUGAGCCUUGUAAACAAUAAAUUAUAGGCCCGGAGCAAAUCGGCAAUGCAAGCUAAUCACAUGAUAAACAUUUAGACGACAAACACUGGCUUUCACAUAAACAACAAAACUGCUGCAGAUUGCCCUAGUGUCAUUGAUAACCCCUGGCACCCAAGUGGAUGCUUGAUUUUAAUUUCAUGCUCAAGCAGCAGAUAACUAAUGCGACACUAGUUAGAGUAAUUGUUGAUAAGGCAUGACAAAGAGGGCAAUUCAUGCAAAAAUUUAAAAGUUUUGGUGCAGUAAAAGCAUAGUAUACAGUACCGGUUCGAUCACAGCAAGGCGCGGAGCGUGCUUAAUAUAGGCUGCAUUUUAUUUAACAAUCAUAAUCUAAGAAAAAUGGCCACAACCGUUCGGAACCCAUUGAAGAAAGUUUUGCGGCAACGCAUGAAGAUCGAGGUCAUACCAUCUAUAAGCGCCGAGUCAAUAGCUCGACAAUCGAGGGCCAUUUACGAAAAGGUGAUCGCCUCUGAGGCCUUUCGUCAAGCGAAAGAUGUUAGCAUAUAUCUAAGCACUGGCAGUGAAGUAGAUACGCUACCUUUGCUACGUGAGCUCUUCAAUCAGCAGAAAAAUGUUUUUGUGCCCACGUACAGCGGCAAGCUUAUGGAAAUGGUGCGCGUCAAAGAUUGGGCGGACUACGAGGCGCUGCCGCUAACCAAAUGGAAUAUAAAGCAACCUAGUGAAAAGGAGGGGCGUGAGAAUUCGCUAACAAAUGGUCGCGGUAUUGAUCUGUUCUUGAUGCCCGGUGUUGCCUUUACGCUAAGUGGCGGUCGUAUGGGCCAUGGCAUGGGCUACUAUGACAGCUUUUUGCACCGGCAUUUUAAUAUUUACCCUGAGAAGAAACCAGUACUAAUGGCUUUGGCAUUCCGUGAACAAAUCGUAGACGAAAGUACUUUGCCGCUAGAUCCACAUGACGUGCGACUUACAACUGUAAUUACGGAAUAAUGAGCGCACUGAAUUUAGUUGUACAUUUUUGUAAAUAGUAUAUAUGUACACAGAGAUUCACGUUUACUUAUGUGUGUUUAAAUGUACUUUUAUAUUUUUAAUAAAAAAGUUAAGUUAACUUAAAUUA